AUGGGUGUACAACUAUCAAUUUUGGCUCAGUCGUCACCAUCCAUCGGUAUUUUCUCUUACAUAGAUGUCCUUGAAGAUGUCCACUAUAUUGCAUUACUUAAUUCUUCUCGAUUUUUGAAGACUUGUAAAGCUGUUGAUCCCAAUGGUGAAAUUAUUAUCAAAGUAUUUGUCAAACCAAGGGAAGGCUAUUCUUUGACAUCAACUGUAGAGACCCUAAAUAAAGAAUCGAUGUUAUUGAGUCAAUUACCAAAUGUUUUAAAUUAUAGUAAGAUAAUAGAAUCAAAUAGAGCAGGUUACCUUAUACGACAACAUUUAAGAAGGAACCUAUAUGAUAGACUAAGUUCAAGACCUUAUCUUCAUGAGAUAGAAUCCAAAUUUAUCGCGUUCCAGUUAUUGCAAGCUUUAAAUGACAUUCAUAACCUUGAUAUAGUUCAUACUGAUAUUAAAACUGAGAAUAUUAUGGUCAACAGUUGGAACUGGAUCGCAUUGACCGAUUUUGCAGCUCAUGUGAAACCAAUAUAUUUGCCAGAAGAUAACCCUGGGGAAUUCUCAUUUUAUUUUGAUACUUCCAAAAGAAGAAAUUGUUAUAUCGCUCCAGAAAGAUUUAAUACUCAACUAUACAACGACUCAGAGAAAAGAUAUGAACCUUCUAAAGAAAUGGAUAUUUUCAGUGCUGGUUGUUGCAUAGCAGAAUUGUUCUCUGAAGGGAUACCUAUUUUCAACUUAUCACAAUUAUUUAAAUAUAAGACUCAAGAAUAUGACGUAAACGAAUAUUUAAAUGAACAUUUUUCUGAAAAUAAAGAAUUAAAGGAAUUGAUAAUGGAUAUGAUUCAAUUAGACCCAACUAGAAGGUUAUCUACAUUGCAGUUACUAGAGAAGUAUAGAGGGACAUUUUUUCCAGAUUAUUUUUAUACAUUUACAUAUGACUACUUUAGAACAUUAGCAUCAUUGGUAACAAGUAUCCCAAACACAGGAAGUUUAACAGAGAAAUGUCUUUUGGAGGACAAACAAAACGUGUGCAAUAAUUCAUUAUUAAAGGUUUAUGAUGAUUUCAGUUCAAUAUGUGCGUCACUAAAUUUUCCAAUAAUUACAGAUAAACCUAAACAGGCAAAAGAUAAACUUCAGCCUAAUGUUUUUUCCUCAGAGCAUAUAAAGAUAGGACAUAACACAUUUGUCCAAUUGAAAAGUUUCACCAGUUACAAAAGUAUACAACCGGUAGAAGAAGAAUGUGCAUUACUCUUUAUUUCUUACCUUUCGCGAAUACUUCGAAAUCUAACGUCUAGUAGCAACAAGAUUAAGUGUUUGGAACUGCUGGCAGCAUUUUCUCAAUUUAUAUCUGAUGACAACAAGAUUGAUCGUGUAAUUCCGUAUUAUGAAACGUGCUUUGAAGAUGAAAACAAUUCAAUGAUUCAGGCUUUAAGCCUCCAAUGCACUACACAGGUUCUUUCUGCAGUUGAACAGGUCAACAAAUUGAAUGAGAAUGUCUUUAUGGAUUAUCUUCUUCCAAGAAUUAAACGUCUGUUGAACAGAAGUAAAGAACAUCUUUAUGUUAGAAUGGUACUUGCAAAUCUAGUUGGUAAUUUCGUUAGUUUGGUAUCCAAAUUUAGGGAGAUAUCGUUAAUGUCAAGGCUAAACUCUAAUGAACAAGAUAAUGAUGAAAGUAUUUUAACAAACAACAAAUAUAAUGGGAGACUAAUGCAACAGAUGGAAGAGAUCAUAAUAUCAUUACUUACCGAUUCAAGCGUAUGGGUCAAAAUUUCCUUAUUAGAUAAUGUGCUAAGUUUAUGUAAAUAUCUGGGAAAGGAAAAGACCAAUGAUAUAAUAUUAAGUCACCUGAUCACUUAUCUAAAUGAUAGAAACCCUAUGCUGCGUAUGGCGCUUGUGGAGGCAAUUUCAGGAAUUUCCAUUUUAUUAGGCCCGGUGACACUUGAGCAAUACAUUCUACCUUUAUUAAUUCAAACUUUAACUGAUUCAGAGGAACUAGUUGUGACUGCCACUUUAGAAACGUUGCAUGACCUCUGUAAAACAGGCCUUGUAAAUCAAAUAAAUGCUUUCACUGUCGCUAACGAAAUCUCUCCUUUACUGUUACAUCCAAACUAUUCCAUUCGUCAAUUUUCGUUAUUAACAUUAUUUGAGAUUUCUCAACAACUUUCGAAACCGGAUCUCUAUUGCAAUCUAUAUCCUAUUAUUAAACCAUAUUUUGGAUUUGAAGUUGAAUUUGAACUUGAUGUGAUGUUAGACAGUUGCAAAACUCCGAUUUCAAGAACAAUAUUUAACCUACUCUGUAGUUGGUCAUUGCGUGCAUCAAAUUCAUUAUUUUGGAAACAAGUCAUGUCUAAAGAAGUUGACGCCUUUGGAAAACCGACAUCUACAUUCAUUACAAGAGAUUACAUUCCUAAGAACUACGGCCUUACCAAUAAUACAUUAAGGAGUAGCAAAGCUAUGGACGAACACCCAAACGGUUUUGUGAGAUUAUUUGAUAAUUCCGAAAUUCCUCUAACAACAGAGGACAAAUUAUGGAUCGAUAAAUUUAAGACUUUGGGGAUGAAGGAUACAGACCUUUGGAAGCUUCUGUGUCUCAGAUCAUAUAUUCUAAGAACCAAAAAUAAACAUAAUGAGAAAUCUCAGCUGGGCUUGCACGAGAUUGAUGAAAAUUUAGAUAAAAAAUACUCAUCUAUUGGAAUAGCUAACGUGAUGCCACACAACGUCUUUUACGAUAUCAAAUUUAUUGAGCAAGAAGAGACUGAUUCUGAGGAGCUUCCUUUAUCCGAAAAUGAUACUCAAAAACAACUAAUGGAGCAUUCAUUGUUACCAAAAGAGUCUGUCCCAACCAUCGUAAAUAUGAAUGGUUCAUUAAUUUUAAGGAAUAAACCUUCGGCAAUCACAACACCUAAUCUCCGAAACAUUUAUGUUCAGUUGGAACCUAACAGAACUCACAAUCAAGUACAUAAUCCAUAUUCCCCAAGAAGAUUCGAUGAUCGCAGUUUCCCAAUCCCUGAAUAUGUAGUUUCUAACAGUUAUGAAGGUGAUGUUGAAUCUAUUGAACAAUUUUUGAAAAGUAUAGAUAUAUCCCCAACUCUUUCUGACUAUAAGGAGUUUGGAAUAAUAAGUAACGCGAUAAAGAAAGAUGGAAGAUCACUGAUAUCAUUAAAAGGGAAAUCAAUUUGUACACUAUCCACAAAUAUUAGAAACCUAAUCGUAUCGAUAUGCACAUCAUCAGGAAGUAGAAAUCCUUAUCUUGUAACGGGCUCUUUACAAGGUGUAAUUAGUGUUUAUUCAAUGAGAAAUAUUGUUAAUGGGGAAGAUUAUGAACCCGCAUUAUUCUUCAAUUGCAAGGCAACUUUAACAAAUAUGAUUAUGCUACAAGGGUUUGAUACAUUUGUUGUUGCAACCACAGAUGGAUUUGUAAAAUUCUUUAGAAUAUUACAAUAUGAUCCAUUACAAGAAAAUAGACAGUCAACAUAUACCAAGGAAAUCAGAAGUUUCCACGUUAGUGGAGAAUCAAACAAAUCUGGUCCUAAUGGAGCCAUGGAUGGAGAGGAACAUGUUACAAAGAUGGAAGAAUACAUAGCAGAUGAUAAGGCGUAUCUAAUAUGUUUAACGAAUCGUUCAAGAUUAUUUAAUUUUGAUAUUCGUAGGUUGGAUGAUAUGAAUUUUAUUAAUAUUCCUGCUUCACAUGGUGGUAUAACUACUUUUUGUACUAACAAAGAGAGUAACGUACUAAUAAUAGGAACAACCAAGGGUAUUAUUGAUAUAUGGGAUUUAAGAUUGAACAUUCUAGUGAAUUCAUGGGCGUUCGAUAAUAACUGCAUAAUUAAGGAAAUUCAUUUGAUGACCCAACUUGGCAAAAACAUGAUAUUAAUAUUAGGUGGUUCAUCUAGUGGUGUCUUAUCUGUGUGGAAUUAUGCAAAGACCCAAUGUCGUCUAAUUGUAGCACUUCCGGAAAGGACACCUUCAAUAGAAAACUUUCAACCAAUUACGAAAAGACUUGAAAAUGUUAAAUAUAAUUCAGGGAAUCUUAAUUCGAUUGUUUCAACGGUACAUACUCAAGGUACUACAAUUAUAUUUUCUAACAAUGAGACAUCUGAUAUGUUUAUGCUUGAUCUUUCGAAUACUAAUCAUUCCAAAGUACUAUUUGGCCCAAAUAAAUCAGAAUAUAUCUUUGGUGGAAGGAAAGGUACUAUAAACACAACAAUUGUAUCUAUACAACGUGUAUCUAGUACUACAGAGACAACCAGCUCAAGAAAGAACACCUCGAAUACGGGUAAUAUGGUAACCACUAUUGAAACUGUUCAAAGACAAGAUAAAUUAUAUCUUCUAGUAGGUGAUAGUCUGGGAAUUAUCAAUAUAUAUGAUUGA